GUUACAACCAGAUGUCUGUACUCCUAAAACACAGUGCUGGGAGAUCUGCCCCGGAUGGUGGCACCUCAACCAGCAUGAUACCAGCGGGUUGCGGGAUGAGCGAAAAGAAUAGUGAGGUCACUACUGGUGCUCAGCUAGUCCAAAAAGAUUGCCGACGUGUUUCAAAUGGUAUUCCUUUGUAUUAAAAUCUAUGGGAAAAGUGCUCAUCAGUGCACAUAUUCUAUCAAAAAUGUCAGAAAAGGUCCUUCCUACUACCUGGGUCUGGGGCCACUGAUUUCAUAUGGAAGAUUUUUGUUAACAGGAAUUGGGACAGCAUCAAACUAUUACAAUAACAUAUAUGGAGAAUUUGUUCGGGUGUGGAUAAAUGGUGAAGAAACCAUCAUUAUCAGCCGAUCUUCAGCAAUGUGCCAUGUGAUGAAGCAUAGUCACUAUGUAUCAAGGUUUGGCAGUAAAUUGGGCUUACAGUGUAUUGGCAUGAAUGAAAAUGGAAUUAUUUUCAACAGUAACCCAACUCUCUGGAAAGUCAUACGGCCUUUCUUUAGUAAAGCGUUGUCUGGACCUGGACUACAACAGACCACAGAGCACUGCAUUAACUCUGCCAAGCGUUUCCUGGCAAAGCUGAGUGAUGUCACUGAUGACCUGGGCAAAGUAAACGUUCUCAAGCUUAUGAGGCUGAUGAUGUUAGAUGUCUCCAACAACCUCUUCCUCAGAAUUCCAUUAGAUGAGAAUGACAUUGUUGUAAAGAUACAGAAAUACUUUGAUGCGUGGCAGGCACUUCUGCUGAAACCAGACAUAUUCUUUAAAAUUUCCUGGCUUUACAAGAAGUAUGAGAAAUCAGCCAAUGAUUUGAAAGAGACUGUCGAAAUUCUCAUCGAGCAAAAGCGACGGGAGCUUUCCACUUCAGACAAGCUGGAUGAGAAUAUCGAUUUUGCAACGGAGCUUAUUUUUGCACAGAACCAUGGAGAUCUUACUGCUGAAAAUGUGAACCAGAGCAUUUUGGAAAUGCUGAUAGCGGCUCCUGACACCAUGUCUGUCUCAUUGUACUUCAUGCUGAUCCUCAUAGCUCAACAUCUGAAAACCGAAGAGAGGAUAAUGAAUGAGAUCAACACUGUAGUUGGUGAUCGGGAAGUACAGGGUAGUGACUUGCACAAUCUUAAGGUUCUGGAGAAUUUCAUCUUUGAGAGCAUGAGGUACCAGCCCGUGGUAGACCUGGUCAUGCGCAAGGCUCUGGAGGAUGAUACCAUAGAUGGCUAUUAUGUAAAGAAGGGCACCAACAUCAUCUUGAACCUUGGACGUAUGCACAGAGUUGAGUUUUUUCCAAAGCCAAAUGAAUUCAGCCUGGAAAACUUCGAGAAAACGGUCCCACACCGCUACUUUCAGCCAUUUGGAUUUGGUCCCCGGGCAUGUGCAGGAAAAUACAUAGCUAUGGUGAUGAUGAAAGUGAUCCUGGUCACCCUGCUGAAGAGAUACAAGGUGCAGAACCUGCAGGGACGGUCCUUGGAGAACAUUCACAACAAUAAUGAUUUGUCCAUGCAUCCUGAUGAAUCCCAGUCCUCACUAGAGAUGAUCUUCAUUCCCCGUCAUACAGAUCCACUCACACACUAGCACACAGCAUAUUCAUUCAUGCCAAGUCUGGAAUUUGGAAUUGUGAUUCAUCUAGUCACUGUGUUGGUCUGUGUUUAAUCUCUGUUCAACUCUUGCCAUUGUGUGACAGCUGUAAUUGUCAGUGACAUGUUCCUAGUUUAACAGAGUGAUCUAUUUUAUGUAUAUUUAACAGUAUUAUUAUUAUAAUUAUUAUUAUUAUUAAUAAAAUAUCUUGUUUAUUUUCA